CCCUUGAAUCCGACAUGGCACUUGAUGACGACAGCGGGAUGACAUCGGCUGACGAUCCGGAUUUCGGCGCAUGUGCGAUUCUCGCCAACAACCAAUUGAGUGAUUACCGGCUGGACGGUAUCAGUCUGCUUCAUAAAGCAGCUCUCUUCAGUGCACCGACGGGGCGUGAACCGGCAUUGCGGCAACAGUGCACUUCACGAUGUUUCUACUGCUUCUGCAGUUUAGCGCAAAGGGCGAUGUGCUCUCAAGGUGGAGGAAUGUUCUUUCACAAAGGAGCUUGCAACGCCUCAGCGAACUCGCCAGACGUGCCCUACUCUGUUUUUGUGUGGGCAUACAUGGACAAAAAAAGCAAACUCCCUUUCAACCUCCCGGUGUACGGAUUCAAGGUGAUUCGCGAACUAUUCAAGGUCUUCGACUAUCGGAGUCAGUGGUGGGUCAACAAGCGCACGAUGUCGAUCCUACGCUACGAAAAGGUGCAGCAAUGCGUGCAAAAGCUCGAGGCACAAUAUGAUAUUCAAAACGGCGUGGAAAGUUACGAGACUAUCGCUGAAAUCGCCGCAGCCAACCUGCUUCUUGAGAUAUUCGUGGAUACCGUGAACUUCAACAAGCAAAAGCACGAGGACAUUCGACUGCCUUUCCUCCAGUCGGUCCCUUCAACGACGCAGUUCUUCGUAGCUCUGGCAUCGGAACUCUGCGCACGUACCGAUGGCACCACUGCCAGACUCUUGAACUCGGACUAUGGAGCUAAGACGGCUGAGCAGAGGUUCACCAUAUUAGCAAAACACAUGCCGCGAUUCACGAAGCACUUCGGCUGCACUCCCAAGCAACGAAUGCACCUGGCACGAAACUACCAAGACUGCCUCUUCUGGAGGCGGUAACCGUCGCACGAAGAUGGUCGUCUCCGUGCCCGGUGUGUGUGUGUGUGCGACCUUCGAGAGUUCUUGUACAGCGCGUGGCCCGUUAUUUGGCAUUUUCAAUGCCAUCGUUACUAGUCAACUGUCGCCACUGAUGGAGAACAUUUCAGGCACGAUAAGCUGUUUUGCUAUUCUAAUUAUCUCCUCAAAUAAAAUA